AUGAAAGGUUCUCCAAUUUCGUUUUCGACACGAAAGACGGGGUUUUAUUUUGGUAUGGGUAUGGGACCUCUGGACAUAUGUGCUGCUAUAUCCGACGCAUGCGAUAUGCAUGCAAUAAUAUGUAUAGAUAUCAAUACUUUAGUGGAGAAGGGAGAUGAUUUCUGGGAAAAGAAGAUUUCGAGAGAAUAG